GCUGUUUUCGUCGUUAAUAAACAUGUUUAAAAAUUUACUAAAAAAUGUUUGAAACUGUUGAAAAUAUUUAUACUUUAAAUUUCACUCGUACUGUUGUGACCCAUUCUUAAAAAAUGAAGGGCAGGACGUUAAUAUGCAUAACCAUCGUAUUGGGUGUAUCGAUACUGCAGGACGUACGUGGUGGUAAAACUGUGAGCGAAAAGAAAUUGAAAAACUGGGGUCUCAGAAAUGAAGAUGUAUAUAAGAAGGAUAUAAAUUUCGAAAAAGUAUCUUUAAAAGAUAAUGCCAAUUUGACGAAACACGAAAAAGAGCUAGGAGAAUUGUUGGAAGUUAUACAAUUUGUGAUCAACAAUACAAUCAAUAACCAUGAAUUCCGCAUGUUUUUGAUUAAACGAUUCUUACACAACUACGUUAAACAAGCAACCGCUUAUUUGAAUACAAUAAAGGAACUGAAGAUGUUAAUGGAUCCAAAUGCAGCUAAAGAAGACGAAAAAAAAGAUAGAGCAAUGAAAUUUUAAUAAAAAAUCAGUAUUGUGCACAAUGGGUGGCUUCAAUCAACAAUGUAGUUAUAUGCAUGAUACUAUAGCUGAUCCUGCGCUCCGUUUCCCAUGAUAAAUCAAAUGGUGCCAUUAGAUUUACUCUAUUUAAAAGUCUUAUGUAUAAUUACAAUGACUAUUAUAGCAUAUAUU